AUGUUUCCUAAAAAAGAUCUAACUGGCUACAGUUGCGAUGUGCCGCUGAUCCAGCCAGUGUUCGCCGUGGUCGUGAUACAGUCCGAGACGGAGACCAGCGGUAUGCUCGCUCUUCACCCGUUCCGCUGGCUGGCCAGAAUAAAAAAUGGCGGCCUCGUGAACCAAUUCUUCAUGGCGCUCAUGGUCACGAUACCGGUGCUGAACUUCGGGAUGCUGAUGGGCUGGCAGUCGCCGAUGACCCCGCUGCUCCAGGACCCAGGGGGCCCGGCGCCUGAGCCGAUCAGCGAUGAGACAAUAUCCUGGAUGGCGUCUAUCACCUUCUUCCCACCGAUCUUCUGCGGCUGUCUGGUGGGCGAUUUGGCAGACCGGUGGGGCCGGAAGACUACCACUUUGCUGACGUCACUGAUGCUCGUGAUCAGUUGGGUCAUCACGCUGUUCUCCCUUCGGCCCUGGGCGUUGAUCACGUCGCGAGCCGUGGCCGGACUGGCGUGUGCCGGUUGCUAUGUUGUCACCCCGCUGUACCUGAAGGAGAUAGCGUCUGACAACGUGAGGGGCGCGCUGGGCUCGCUGUUCAUACUGUCCCAGAACCUGGGCUACUUGGUGGUGUACGUGGCGGGCGACGUGAUGUCCUUUGGGGCGGUGAUGUGGCUCUGCACCGCGGUUCCAGUGCUGCACAUCUUCGCGUUCCUGGCGAUGCCAGAGACGCCAGUGUUCCUCGUCAAGCAGGGGAAGUUCAAGGAGGCGCGGGCAGCGUUGGCCUGGUUGAGGAACACGAGCGUUGAGGACAAAAAGCUCGAGGAAGCGGUACAGCAACUGGAAAGGGAGGAAGAGGUCGCUAAGUCCAUGACGAAGGCCAGCUGGAAAAGCAUUGUUCAAGACAAGACGACCUUCAAGGCGUUCCGCAUAUCGCUGAACGUGAUGCUCUCGCAAGAGACGUGCGGCUACCUGGUGGUACUUAUGUAUGCGGGUUCCAUCUUCGAACAGGCUUCGGAAUCCAUAAGCCUGAAGCUCAGCCCCAACAAGCAGACCAUAGUCGUGGGGGUGAUACAGCUGUUGGGUUCCAUAGUCGCCAGCUGCAUCGUCGAGAAGACCGGCAGGAAGUGGCUCUUGGCUGGGACGUCCCUAGCGACAGGGCUGUCGAUGCUGGCGCUCGGCGCCUGGUUCUACGUGACCUCGUUGGCCGUGUGGCUGCCCGGCUGGCUGCCGGUGCUGGCGAUGUGCCUCUGCAUCUUCGCCGAUGCUGCCGGCUACCAGCCGGUACCGUACGUCAUCACCUCCGAGCUGUUCUCGUUCCAGCACCGCGGAAUGGUGACCUCGUUCGUGAGCAGCGUGGACGCCCUCAGCGAUUUCCUCCAAACGAAGGCCUACGACCCCCUCCUGAAACUGCUCGGCAUCCAUUGGGUCUUCAUCAUGUUCUCUAUGGUGUGCUUCCUCGGCACCUUCUACACGGUCCUCUACGUGCCGGAGACGAAGGACAGGAGCAUAGAGCAGAUCUACGCAGUCCUAGAAGACAGCAGGAAGAAGGAGAAGAGGAAAGACGCUGAGGUCGGGAAGCAGACCAGCAGACUG